AUGGAGUCUGCUUUCUCACAAAUGAGGUGGGACCAUGAGGGAGAGUCUGAAGAAAUGUCUCUGCGUGCUUUGGGAUUGCGCCGCAAACGGGAAUUCAUUCCCGAGGACAAGAAAGAUGCCAUGUACUGGGAGAAACGCCGCAAGAACAAUGAAGCGGCAAAGCGCUCGAGGGAGAAACGAAGGGUCAGUGACUACAUGUUAGAGACUCGAUUGGUUUCUCUGAGUGAGGAAAAUGCUCGUCUACGAGCCGAGCUGUUGGCACUGAGGCUUCGGUGUGGAAUGCUCAACCCUGGAACCCCCUACUCUUCAUCUCAAAGCGCUCUAUCUCAGCUUCACGCCUUGGCGCCACAACCUCUGGUUUCCUGCCCAGAUAAAGACCUCUCUUGGGGUAGAAGACAAGACAGAGAGACUUCCAAUCUGUCAGGGAUCCAAAAGUCACCCAUCUGUCUAGGUACUCAUCCAGGAUCAGCAUUCCUGCCCACACACCCAAUGGCCAUAAGAAGAAAUCACCCCUAUUUACUAGAAUUCCCAAGUGUCCAUUCUCCUACAGCCACACCUUUACUCUUUCCUCCGCAACUCAGCCCACCAACCACCACAUGGGCAGGACGACCCUUGCUUCAGCCUGGGAAUCACAGGAUCUUGUCAGAUGAGGAGGGUGAGCAGCAGGUACCAGCAGAUUCCAGUUCUGCACUGCCCCACAAACUGAGACUGAAGACGCAAACCUCACAGUUCAAGGACAAUGGAGCCAAAUCGGCAUCUCCCAUCCCAGUGUACUUGUCAGAUUGA